UGGGAUCCUUGCUGACCUUGGCGAUAAAGCUGAAUCUGAUUCCGAUUAUAUCCGCGAACACGCCCCGUGUGAACCAGACUUCAACUAAAGUUAGCACCAAUAAGACAAAAGACGAGCUUAAGGAGGCGCGAAAAGAACAAGAGGCAAAACAACAUACGUGUUAAAGAUGAUGUUGGUGUCGAUGAAUGCUCCAGUUUCACUUCUUUCCCGCACAGGACCGAAUGGAGCUUUCUUGGUUGGGUGAGAACCGCCCAGGAGUCGCGGCUGUUAUCUCCUCGUCCCCCGCAGCUGAACAACAACAGACACGUCGAUGUUUACCGUCGCAGCUUUGUUCACUGUCACGGUCGAGAAAUGUCGAUAUUUUAUGAGCGCUAGCGGGCUAACUAGCGUUUAGCCGCAAGCCCAGAGAACACGGGCAAAACUGCACGCUAAAGCAACAGCUCUUCACGCAUUAUCUGACACACGCCAUAAUGUUUAAUCAAAAGUCAACAUGAAAAGCGAGAAGAGUCGAAUGCGACGGGUAAGUUGCCCAGUGGAGUCUGACUGGCUGCAGAUUCGUUAGCAUUUAGCCUGACAUGAUGGCGACAACUUCCAGAUGAACACUGAGAGAGAGGAACGUCAAGGGCCGCACGGGUUGCCAGACUCUGGACACAGACGACAUAAUCCCCCUUUCACAGCCCUAAGAACCAAUCAAACGCUAUGCAAACGUAAAAUCUCAAAACAAUAUUGCAAAAUAAAGACAUUAAGUGUUUGAACAAUCAGAUUUCAUUCUCACAAGAGUCAUGCGCUUAUUGAAAUAGCGAUAUAUCAAUUACAAACAACUGUGUCUUUCAAUAAAUCAGUCAAAGGACAACUCAAAUGCUACUUUGAUAUACUUAUAUUUUGACGAACACCUCGCUCUUUGUUGCAUAAUGUCUCAUUGAUACAAUAAGGCCAACCAGACCAAGUCAUUUUAAGAUAAACAUUCAAGUUAGAAUGUUGGUUUUACUGAGUUUAAUAGAGGCUAUUCUUAACAAAGAGCACAACAACGAUUCAAAUAAUUCAUUUAAAAUCUUGAUGGUUUCUUUAGUAUUAAAACAGAGAGCGGAGUAUUUAAGUAUACAUUUUUAUUUCAAACACAUGCCCUCAUUUAUUUAAUGUACAUUUUACAUAUUGCUCAUUUGUUUUUCAUUUUUUUGUAUUUCUUUACUCAUUUUUCAUUUACCUGCUUGGGAUCAAUAAAAUAAACACACACACACACACACACACACUUAUAUAUAUUGACUUCAGACUUGAAGUGUAUUGAAAGAUUUAAUAAGGUUUGAUAAUAGUGCUUUGUUAGCAUGAGGAUAGAGCUGAGCAAUUAAUUCGAUUUUCCAAUUGUCUUAUUGUGUUUUGCAGAAUUAUUGAUGCAUGAUUCUUUGCUGUCUUUACAACAAUACAACAUACAACAUGAGAAUCAAUAAUGUUAAGGCAGCAUCACUUUGAUGUCAUGCCACAUAUUGCGACCAUCUCAAGAGCCAGUUGGAAUUAUAUUUCCUGAAAUUCCCAGUGCGGACGUAGGGAGUCGGAAGACGGGGUUCUUCAGCUGGAUGGUCAUCUCUUUUAUUGUACUGGUUUAUUUGAUACCACCGAUCCAACUGAUCGGAUAAAUCUCCGCCCCAAAUUGCAGCUGGCUUUGAAAACAAUUAUUUUCCACAGUAUCAAAAUGUGCCGCACACUGGGGCCAGAGAAUCCUGACCGAGGGUUUGGACCCCUCCAACAAGUCUCCUCCCCUACUUUAAAGGUGCCUAUAUUUAGAUCCAGCAACAGGGACGCAACAGAGACUGUGACUGGUCCGCUCUCACAUGUUGACUUUUCAUGGAAGGAACAAGAAGUGAUAACUGGUGUUGCGUGAGGAGUGCGGAACUUUCUCUGGCUUGUGUUGCAAGACCCCUUUACGCAAUCGAGGAAGAACAAUAGAGAUUUAAACUACCGUACAUUGGAAAGAUAGAGCUGGCCUUCAAGUCAAGGAUGGAUGACCAGAAGCCGAGGGAGCCUGUGGUGGAAAUCGCUGAGAAGAAGGAGCUUUAUCAAACUGAAGCGUCGGCCGGGCCUGAUGGGAAAUCGGACUACCCUCUCUCUGGGGCCAACUCCAUCUACUCUGCCAUCUUGAGCAGAAACGAGGCAGUGAAGGAUGCCAGGCGUCUCAAGACCUUUCUGGAGCUGCGGGACAAAUAUGUGAAGAAGAAGGUUCUGUUUGAAGAUCCCCUGUUUCCCGCCAACGACUCCUCCCUCUUCUACAGUCAGAAGACCCCCAUGAAGUUUGAGUGGAAACGUCCCUCGGAAAUUUGUGAAAACCCUCAGUUCAUCAUUGACGGGGCGAGCAGGACGGACAUCUGUCAGGGAGAAUUGGGUGACUGCUGGCUACUGGCCGCCAUCGCCUGUCUCACUCUCAACGAGAAGCUACUGUACAGAGUGAUUCCUCCGGAGCAGAGCUUCACAGAAAACUACGCUGGGAUCUUCCACUUUCAGUUCUGGCGCUAUGGCGAGUGGAUCGACGUGGUCGUGGACGACCGCAUCCCGACCUGCAACAACCGGCUGGUCUUCACCAAAUCUUUCCGCCAGAACGAGUUCUGGAGCGCUCUUAUGGAGAAAGCCUACGCCAAGUUGCACGGCUCAUACGAGUCUCUGAGAGGCGGGAACACGCUGGACGCCAUGGAGGACUUCACAGGAGGAGUCACUGAGUUCUUUGAGUUGUCAGAGGCUCCAAAAGAUCUGUACAUGAUCAUGAAGAAAGCUCUGGAGAGAGGCUCGCUGAUGGGCUGCUCCAUCGAUGUUCAGUCCGCCAGUGAAAUGGAGUCUCGGACGGAGCAGGGUCUGGUCCGGGGUCACGCCUACUCAGUCAUCGGCCUUGAGCAGUGCGAUGAGGUGGCGAAGGAGAGCAAGAUUCGACUGAUUCGCCUGCGCAACCCCUGGGGGUGGGUGCUCUGGAAGGGCCCCUGGAGCGCCAAUUCGAAAGAAUGGUCCACCAUUUCUGUCGCGGAGAGGGAGAACCUGAAGAAGUUGACAGUGGAGUCCAGCGAGUUCUGGAUGUCCUUUGAUGAGUUCAAGAGGAACUUCACCAAGCUGGAGAUGUGUAACCUGACACCCGACACGCUACAGGGUGAUGAAAGACACAGCUGGACGGUGUCGGUCAACGAGGGUCGCUGGGUCAGAGGCAGCUCGGCUGGAGGCUGCAGGAACUACCCAGAGACGUUCUGGACCAACCCUCAGUACCGUCUGGAGCUGUACGAGCAGGACGACGACACCGAAGAUGGGAAGGCGGCGUGCACGGUGGUCGUGGCUCUGAUGCAGAAAGGGCGCCGGAUGCAGCGCCAUCAGGGAGCCAGGUUUCUCACCAUUGGCUUCUCCAUUUACGAGGUGCCGACGGAGAUGCGUGGACAAAACCAACAUCUGCAGAAGGAAUUCUUCUUGUACACAGCAUCCAAGGCCAAAUGCAAAUCCUACAUCAACCUGCGAGAGGUGACCGAGCGCUUCCGCCUGGCGCCCGGAGAGUACGUCAUCAUUCCCACGACCUUUGAACCCCACCACGAGGGGGAGUUCAUCCUCAGGGUCUUCUCCGAGAAGAAGAGCACCUCAGAGGAGGCGGAGAACACGAUAGAGUCGGAUCAAACACGGCAAGACCACAAAAAGAGAAACAAGCCCAUCGUCUUCGUGUCAGAUCGAGCACGAGCCAAUAAAGAAAUAGAACACGACGGCAUUCAAGGCGACGCCAGGAAGAAGCCCAAGAGAAAACUUUUCGAGCCAGAAGAAGAAACGGAAGAGGAGAAACAGUUCAGAGAGAUCUACAAGAAGAUUGCUGGUGAGGACAUGCAAAUAUGUGCCAAUGAGCUGAAGAGGAUUAUGAAGAACGUGCUGGACAAACACAGCGACAUCAAGACUGAAGGCUUCAGUCUGGAGACCUGCAGAAGCAUGAUCGCCCUCAUGGACACGGACGGUACUGGAAAACUGAACCUGCAGGAGUUCAAACAUUUGUGGAAGAAGAUCAAGCAGUGGCAGGUGAUCUUCAAACGGUUCGACAAAGACAGAUCCUCCUCCAUAAGUAGUUUUGAAAUGAGGAACGCUGUGAACGAAGCAGGGUUUCACCUGAAUAAGCAGCUUUACGACAUCAUUGCAAUGAGAUACGCAGACGAACAUCUCAACAUCGACUUUGACAGCUACAUCUGCUGCUUUGUGAGGCUGGAGGGGAUGUUCAGGGCGUUUCAUGCCUUUGACAAAGAUGGAGACGGUCUGAUCAAGCUAAACGUCCUGGAGGUAAAGUAUCUCCAACAUUCCUGGUCCAACUCUUGCCUUUCCACAACCCAUCUGUCCUCCCUGACUCUGUCUCUAAACUUUUCCACAUGUCCACAUGACAGACUCAUUUCUGACCUUGUCAUUGUAGUCACUUCCAAUGACUCCCCCUAACAGCCUUCAUCUCUAACUCUUGUAAAGGCCCAUUUAUGCAAAGAAGUCCCAGCAAUGGCAGAAAUUCUCCGUCCUCCAGUCGCGAUAUAUUUAACAGCCUCACUGAUCACCGCCUCCUACAACGCUGCCUCUGUUUUCCUCUUUUGUGCAAGAGCAACAUAUCAAUACUUUGUUCACAGUCCCCAUGUUUGUUUUGGAGUUCAUCGUCAUAAACUUCUGACUAUGGGCUGCUCCCCCUGGUGGAUAUAUUGGUGUACAGCAAUAUCUACGUAAAGAACACCUGGAAGCAUGUGAUCAGUGACAAUAACGUUUGAAACAGACCGGUACAAUUUUUUACGUAAACAGAGCAUAAAAGGGCCUGAACUCUGACUCCUGAUUCUGCAAACAUAGACUAUGCCAAGACCACAACUGUCCUGUUAAGGUUUUUUUUCACCUCAUUUUCUAAACUGCUCCACCCUGCCUGCACUCUUCUUCUCUUCACCUCUGCCCUUAACUCUCCUUACAGCAGCCCUUUAAGACUUGUGUUAGAGCUAGUGUUGCCGAGUUAGCGCACAACCUGCACAUAAUUUUAUUUCUCUCAUUCCAGUGGCUUCAGCUGACCAUGUACUCUUAGACCACUGAGGACGAGUCACAUGACUGGAGCGCCGUUGUUGUGAAUGAAUGUUGUUUUGCACAGUUUUAAUUCAGGCAAGUCUUAAAGGUUCUCUUUUCCAGAGAAGACUUCCACAUACAGGGUCACUUUCAGGAUAGUUGUACGGAUCAGUUGUGUACUAACCUGUAUUUUUUUUUUGUAUCAGCACCUUUGUGAGGUUUCUCAGUGGUUACACUAAAGAUGUGAAGUUCAACUCAGCAUGUAGGAAAUAAAUGAAUCACUUCUGUCUGAAGAUGAUGUGGAGAGGUCAGCAAUAAAAGUGAAAUGAGUGGAAUUUCCUUACAAUGAUGACCUUAUUGUGGGAGAGAUUUGACACAUCCACCUGGUCCUGGCUGGUGGUCUCCUCCCACCUGAGUCAGGGUCUCCACCAGAUAACAGAAACCCAGUUCCAAGUCAUAGGAAAUGCACAUUGCUCAACCCCGUCUACACCUCAUUAGCCUUAAAGUGAACUCACAAUAGGCCCAAACCCCCCAGUUGGUGUCCCCUCACUGGGAAAUAGGAAGCUCAGCAGAAACCAGUUUGCAGUGCAUCUUUAAUCUGAAGCAGUUCAUUCUUGUUGGUUCACAAAACAAAGUAUAACACAGUCAUGAUGGAGCAGAUCAAACACCCAAUGUGAUGAUACAGACAAACAACUCCAGUUCACUAAAUCUCCCACACAGAGGCAAAGUUUAUGUUAAGUUGGGUCAGACUGGGAUGCAAAAUGAAAAUUCUGUUCAGUGUGACGUACAGGUCACUCAGGGUCAUGAAUAGCGUCGCUCUGCAUGUGUGAACAGAUCCACUGGUCGACAAAGUAAAUACGUUGAAAAAGGACAAACUGAAAAGGCAGAGGAAACCGUUUCUUCUUUCACCUCCUCACUUCACUGUCCAUCGUGACGUGAUGGCUCAUGUGACGAGGCAGCUCCUGCGACAGAGAAACGGGGCGACUGUGACGUGCUGCCGUUCAAACAAGACUUUUCAUGUCUCAAAAUUUUGCACAAAUAUGAAUGUGAACAGCUAAAUAUCAAUAAAAUAAAGCUCCACUUGU